GGAUGAGGAGGGGAAAAGCGGGGGAAAAGAGGGAAAAGAGCCGGGAGAGAGGUGGGCGAGGACGAGGGCGAGGGCACGGCCAGGCGCCCGGCCGGCCCACGGAGGCUCGCGGACGCAGCAGCCGCCGCCCGACCGCAGCUGGAUUUUGAAGAUUGAUCCAAGGGACUGUAUUAAUUUCAGGAAUUGAUUUGAAAGACACUGGCUCUGCCACUUAACAGCCAUGUAACCUUGGAUAUGGAAGAAAGCAGCACUGUUGCCAUGUUGGUGCCAGAUAUUGGAGAACAGGAGGCUAUACUGACUGCUGAAACUGUCAUCAGUUCAUCACUGGAAAUUGAUGAACAAAGAAAAGCUAAAACAGAUCCAUUAAUCCAUGUUAUCCAGAAGUUAAGCAAGAUAGUGGAGCAUGAAAAGUCACAAAAAUGUCUUUUAAUUGGGAAAAAACGCUCACGUUCAAGUGCUGCAAUGCACUCUCUUGAAAACCAAGAACUUUGUGAGAUUCCAGCUAAAGUAACCCGGUCGUCUGCUGCUGAUAUUAGAAGGGCUGAGAUGUCGCAAAUACAUUUUACCCCUGACUCUCUUGCCCAGAAUGAUGGGAAGGCUAUGUCUUACCAGUGUAGCCUUUGUAAGUUUCUGUCAUCAUCUUUUUCUGUGUUAAAAGAUCAUAUCAAGCAGCAUGGUCAGCAGAAUGAAGUGAUAUUAAUGUGCUCAGAGUGCCAUAUUACAUCUAAAAGCCAAGAGGAACUUGAAGCUCACGUGGUAAAUGACCAUGAAAACAAUGCCAGCAGUCACACUCAACCCAAAGCCCAACAGUGCGUAAGCCCCGCCAACUCCUUGUGUCAGAGAACCACGGAGAGAAAUAAUGACAGCACUCCUGACGUCCCAGUAAGUCUGGACAAGCCACAAGCUCAUAAUGCCCAAACUGUGUCCAUGACAGAAGUGGGUAGGAGGAAAUGGUAUGCAUAUGAACAGUAUGGCAUGUAUCGAUGCUUGUUUUGUAGUUAUACUUGUGGCCAGCAGAGAAUGUUGAAAACACAUGCUUGGAAACAUGCUGGGGAGGUUGACUGCUCCUAUCCAAUUUUUGAAAAUGAAAAUGAGCCCCUGGGCUUGCUGGAUUCUUCAGUGGCUGCCGCACCUGGAGGGGUUGAUGCAGUAGUCAUUGCUAUUGGAGACAAUGAACUGAGUAUCCACAACGGGCCAUCAGUGCAAGUGCAGAUUUGCAGCUCAGAACCGUUAUCAUCCUCGUCUCCUUUAGAACAGAGUGCAGAAGGGGGAGUUCAUCUAAGUCAGUCAGUUACCCUUGACACUAAUGAGGAAGAAAUGCUGGAGGUGAUUUCUGAUGUGGAGGAGAAUCUGAUUGCUGAUAGCCUACUUUCCUCAGCACAGAAAAUCAUCAGCAGUAGCCCAAAUAAAAAAGGUCAUGUCAACGUGAUAGUGGAGCGUUUGCCAAAUGCUGAAGAAACUCUUUCACAGAAGCAUUUCCUCAUGAAUGCUGAAAUUGAAGAAGGGAAGAACCUGAGCCCCACAGAAGCCCAGCUUGGGUGUGAAGGAAGAGAUGAAGUUUAUCGUGCUGAUAAAUGUACUGUUGAUAUUGGGGGGCUGAUCAUAGGCUGGAGCAAUCCAGAGAAGAAAGACAGUGAGUUAAUAAGUAAAGGACUGGCUCCUGACGAGAAUGCCCCACCAGGCCGAAGAAGGACAAAUUCUGAGUCUCUUAGACUGCACUCAUUAGCUGCAGAAGCCCUGGUUACGAUGCCUAUAAGGGCUGCAGAACUAACAAGAGCCAACCUUGGGCACUAUGGGAAUAUAAACCUUUUAGAUCCAAAUACUGGACAAAGGCAAGUAGAUAGUACAUUGGCAGCAUAUUCUAAAAUUAUGUCACCACUUAAAAACUCUUCAGAUGGCUUGACUAGUUUUAACCAAAGCAGCUCUACCUUGGUUGCGCUCCCAGACGGCAGGCAGGAAUUGUCAGAUGGGCAAGUAAAGACAGGCAUCAGCAUGUCUUUGCUCACUGUAAUUGAAAAGUUGAGGGAAAGGACAGACCAAAAUGCUUCAGAUGAUGACAUUUUGAAAGAGUUACAGGAUAAUGCCCAAUGCCAACCCAUCAGCGAUCCAGGUUUGUCAGGAAGCAGUGUAGUGGAGUACAUCCCUCAUGCUGAUCGGCCCUACCGCUGCCGCUUGUGUCACUACGCAAGUGGGAACAAGGGCUACAUCAAACAGCACUUGCGAGUCCAUCGACAGAGGCAGCCGUAUCAGUGUCCUAUCUGUGAGCACAUAGCUGACAACAGCAAAGACUUGGAGACCCACAUGAUCAACCACUGUAAAACAAGAAUAUACCAGUGCAAGCAGUGCGAAGAAUCUUUUCAUUAUAAGAGUCAACUGAGGACCCAUGAGAGAGAGCAACACAGUCUUCCAGAUCCCUUGUCAAUAGCCACUUCUAGUGAGUCAAGAAUUUCCAGUGAUACAGCUGAAGGAAGAUGUGUUCCAGAAGGGAAUAAGUCUUCAGUCCAGAAACAGUAUAGAUGUGAUGUGUGUGAUUAUACAAGUACAACAUACGUGGGUGUCAGAAACCACAGACGAAUCCAUAACUCUGAUAAGCCGUACAGAUGCUCCUUGUGUGGGUAUGUCUGCAGCCAUCCUCCGUCUUUGAAGUCUCAUAUGUGGAAGCAUGCGAGUGACCAAAAUUAUAACUACGAACAAGUAAACAAGGCUAUUAAUGAUGCAAUUUCACAAAGUGGCAGAGUUCUGGGGAAAUCCCCUGGAAAGGCUGUGGUGAACAACAGUGAAGAGAGAGCCGAUCCUCUCACUGGCAGUUCAGAGAACUUGAUGUCGCCCUCAGAGCUGAUUGCCCAAGCGCCCAGUGAAGUCGUAGGUCCCAACGAGAAUGACAAACUGAGCCCUGCAAGUAAUACCUCAUAUAGUCUAGAAAAAAACUCCAGUCCAGCCCCUCCUGGUAUGGAGUAUUGUGUUUUACUCUUCUGUUGUUGUAUUUGUGGUUUUGAAUCUACCAGCAAAGAAAAUCUCUUGGAUCAUAUGAAAGAGCAUGAGGGUGAAAUCGUAAACAUCAUCCUAAAUAAGGACCACAACACAACUCUAAACACAAAUUAGAUGGAAUCAUUACUUGAAGAGGACAGCGGUGGAAGAGGGAUCCCUUAAACCACAGCUUCACCUUUGUGCUGUCAAAUGGCUCACUAGACACGGAGGAAAUGGUGUGAUUUUUGAGGCAAUGACAGAUGUGACUUGGAACCAAAUUUGUAAUGUAAUAAGAGGAAUUCCAAAUGGAUAAGCGGUAAUGAUGUUUAAAUAUUUUGAGUGAGGGGAAAUGAGUUGAGGAGGAAGCAAAGAUGUAAUUCUGUAUUAACCCUCUGUUACCUCUUCUUAGUGUUGAGUGUAUUUAUUAUUAAAAGCUUAUCAUAGUCUAGAAAUGCAAGCAGAAGAGUGAAGAAAGGGUUGUUCAGGAACUGUUCUAAAAUUUGUUAUAAAAGUGUCACGGUCUUAAGCAGAGCUUAGUUUUCUUCGUUCUCAGUUUUGACCUGCCGGCUCUGGAAUGACAGGCCUCUUGUGAGAAGCAGGAGGCGGCUCCCUGAGGGCUUUUCAGUGUUACCAACAGAGUCAACAAGGAAAAGGUGACUGGAGGGCUUUGAAAUGACCUACCUAAUCGUUCCCAAAUUGAUAGGAAGCAGUCAUAUAGUUAAUCUCAGAUAUAUUACUGUACUCCUGAAAGAAGAGAAAAAGAAAAGAGACCUCUAAAUCCAAAUCUAGAUUGUAAAUAGGCAUUAAGAAGUCAAUUAACGGUCUUAAAUUUGCAGUGAAUUUCUUGUGGGCGAAGGCAGAAAUAGGCAAACUGCCACCAGACUCAACCCAAGUCCCAAGUUUCGUGCAGCUGGUACCUCGCGGAGCGCAGUGCCCUUCGCAGAGGUUCUUUUCAGGGUGUCUGACAGAACACUGCUGUUUCCUUGCUAGUUGCAUAGGCCUUCUAAUCCUUUCUUCUAAACUAGACCGGGCUUGUUAUCUGAAAGAGUCUAUUAAAGCAACAAAGUGUAGAAAUUUGCAUUUGAUCAUCAGACCUGGGAAGUAGUUGGAACUCUUAAAUAAAAAUCAUUUGAGGAAAGAGCGGUGAAAUUCAGAAGCCCCUUAAAACGAGUACGCUAUUGAGAUUUCACUUCCUGGAGUUUAAUUUAUUUGUACUUAGCAUAAGAGGUAUAACCAAAUGUGGCUAAAAUAGAGGAAGAGUUCUGGUUGUUUAUAAAACUUUUAACAACAAACAUUUGGCAAGUCUACAGAGUUCCUCCUAUCUAGGAAAUUUCAUUUUAUUAGUGUGCAAUAGGACAUAUGGAAAACCAUCUAAAAGUGCUUUUGCAUUGAAACUUGCCGUCAAAUAGAUGUAAUCUUCUCAUUAAUUACACAUUUUGUAUCAUAAUGUAUUUCAAAGAAUGAAGAUAACAGGGUUUUUUCGUUUAUGCUUCUGUAGUUCUGAUCAUUUAUUUGUGCAUUGUUUUAAGUGAAUUCCGCUACAAGUCACAAGGCCGGUGCUCCAUGCAGUGCACCAUGUUCACGGUGCUCUUUCUGAACUUGGUUUCUGACAUCUUCCAGAGCUGAGGCUGUGACUGGUGAACUUAGAAAACAUCAAAAACAGAAUUUGUUUCUGUAGACACGUUUUAGGAAAGAGUUCUCUUCCCGAAGUCCAGGUAUGAAUUAACAUUUUUAAGAUAGCAUUGGGAACUGUUUAAGCGGGGCCAGGCAUCUUAAAGCAUUGUCUGAUUUGUUUUUUUAAUCUCGUUUUGAUGAUGAUAUUUAAACAAACGAUUAUAACUUUGUAGCUCUUUAAUUUAGGUAGCUUUAAUUUAUUUAUGAAAGUUAAUCCAUUUCUGAUAUGUAGUUUUUAAAAAGAUAAAAUGAAUUUUUAUAUACUAAAUUAUAUUCCCCAAAUCCACUGCGUAUGCAUUUAUAUUCAUUUUUUCCUUUCAUUUUCAGGAUUAAAAUACAAUCAUAUUUCAUUUCAAAUUCAAAUAAAAUAUUUUAAAUGGUUCCAUUAUUAUCAUAUUGUUGCCACUCAUUCAAUUCUUUCAUUGCUGGUAGCUACAACUCAAUGUUUCUUUAUAAAAAUGUAUUAUUCUGAAAAUUAACAAUCUUAGAAGAAUUUUGUUUUAUAAAUUUACCUUGGCUUUAAUUUUAUGUAAUCAUUUGGAAAAUGCAAAUAACUGAAAAAAUCCCAAAAUUUUCCACAGUGAAUUUUUAAAUUAUCUUUUUUCAUUUCCUUAAACUUAAACAUUGAUUGUUACUUAAAUUUUCCAUUUGGAAUCAUGGAUUUAAAAUUUCUGUAGUUCAUGGGAAAAAAUUAACCCAGAAAUUCAAAGCCUUCAAACAUUCAUCUGGUUUUGGCCUACAAUAUCCUCACAAGCUUUCUCUUGGCCUAUAGGAGGAGCCACAUACCAAGGAUGUUCUGUUCCUUCCCAUUGUCGUUUUGUGGCAAGCCUUGAGUUAACGGUACCUCUACCAAGAGCAGUUGAGUAUUUCUAAAAGUAAUAAUGAAGAUUAAAUAUGCAAUUUUAGUUCUAGAGAGACAGGUAUUAAAUAAAUCAGCAGGAAUUGCCUUUACAGGAAUAACAUUUUAUUUACUGCUACUACAUCUUUGGCCAUACAAAGCUCAUAGUAUUUGUUUUCCACUCUGAACACCUAAAAUUCUAAGAUUUGAUAGUAAAAGCAGUUUUUAAAAGAAACUUACUGGAUAAGGCAAAGGUGGGGAGCGGGAAGAUGAUGCAUUCUGAUGAUUAUAAAUAAUACUUUUCAGGCUCUAACAUUUUCUCUCUUUCUCUAAUAAUCCAGAAUAUGCUUGGUGUCCCCAAAGUCCUAGCAGUACCAUGCCUGUACUGAUCUGUAGACUUCGAUUUCUGUGUCCAGCCAGCGCAGUGUAGUGACACUGACUGAAGCCUUUGUUCUAGAUCUGUCAUCCUAUUCAAGGUAGCUUUCAGUGGCUUUGUUAUUAUUUUCUGUGUCUUUUCUCACAAAGCAAAUGGUGGGCGCCUAUGUUUACAUUGUAUCUUCCCGCAAUGUACUUGGCUUGACAAAGACAAGCAGGCUUCUCUUUUGAGACUUAGUAUAUUUUUAGUUUUCAUAGACACUUAUUUAAUCUUUUUUUAUUGUACAGCAAGGUGCUCUAAGUAAUAUUCUAUAAAAUAUAUUUAAUAGAAAUUUGAGUUUGAUAUUCAUGGACAUGAAUACAUGUAUUUUUUUAAGAAAUAAGUAUUGUGUAACACUAUGACAUUGCUUCUAUAGCCAAAGUCUAAAAACUUCUGGAAUACUGACAUGUAAGGACUACAGUUAAUUCUGACACUGUAUCUAAUGGAACUCGGAUGGUUUGCAUUUUGUAAAAUUACCCUGCACCUGGAGCUGCAUGCCUUAAGCCUGAAACCUGGGCCGUGCUCGCAGUGGACAGUCUGUUCCCCACGCAGGAAGCGGGGUCCACAGCGCUUCUCUGACUACCUUUGGAAGGACUGUACAAUGUUAGAAUAAUUUAUUUUGCUUUACAGGAGUUUGUCAUGCAUUGACUUUAAUAUUGUAUUUUGGUAAUAAAUUUUUUGUUAAAAACA